AUGAAGACAAUUGUCCAUUUGGAUCUUAGAUUUUGCAGCUCUUUGUUAGAAACUCCAAAUUUUGAUAUGAUGCCGAAUUUAAAGGAUUUAUACCUUUCAAAGUGUAAGAAAUUGAAAGAGAUCCACUCAUCUAUUGGCAAUCUUACAGAACGUGAUGCCUUGGAGUUAGAUGGAUGUAGUAACCUUGAGAAGCUUCCCAAUUUUUACCAGGAAAUAAAGAACAUUAUCCGUUUGGAUCUUACAUCUUGUAGCUCUUUGUUAGAAACUCCAAAUUUUGCUAUGAUGCCGAAUUUGAAGUAUUUAAACCUCUCAAAGUGUAAGAAAUUGAAAGAGAUCCACCCAUCAGUUGGAAAUCUUAUGGAACUUGAUGUCUUGGAUUUGGAUGGAUGUAGUAACCUUGAGAAGCUUCCCACCUUUGACAAGGAAAUGAAGAAUAUUACCCAUUUGGAUCUUACAUCUUGUAGCUCUUUGUUAGAAACUCCAAAUUUUGCAAUGAUGCCAAAUUUGAAGAAUUUAAACCUUUCAAUGUGUGAGAAAUUGAAAGAGAUCCACCCAUCAGUUGGAAAUCUUUCAAAACUUGAUACUUUGGUUUUAGAAGGAUGUUGUAACCUUGAGAAACUUCCGAGAUUUUACAAGGAAAUUAAGAACAUUACUCGAAUGGAUCUUACAUCUUGUAGCUCUUUGUGUGAAACACCAAAUUUUGCUAUGAUGCCGAAUUUGAAGUAUUUAAACCUUUCAAAGUGUGUGAAAUUGAAAGAGAUCCACCCAUCACUUGGAAAUCUUAUGGAACUUGAUACCUUGGAUUUGGAUGGAUGUAUUAACCUUGAGAAGCUUCCUAGCUUUGACCAGGAAAUGAAGAAAAUUACCCAUUUGGAUCUUACAUCUUGUAGCUCUUUGUUAGAAACUCCAAAUUUUGCAAUGAUGCCAAAUUUGAAGAAUUUAAACCUUUCAAUGUGUGAGAAAUUGAAAGAAAUCCACCCAUCACUUGGAAAUCUUUCAAAAUUUGAUACUUUGAUUUUGGAAGGAUGUUGUAACCUUGAGAAACUUCCCAGAUUUUACAAGGAAAUGAAAGACAUUACCCAUUUGGAUCUUACAUCUUGUAGCUCUUUGUUAGAAACUCCAAAUUUUGCAAUGAUGCCAAAUUUGAAGAAUUUAAACAUUUCAAUGUGUGAGAAAUUGAAAGAGAUCCACCCAUCGCUUGGAAAUCUUUCAAAACUAGAUACUUUGGUUUUGGAAGGAUGUUGUAACCUUGAGAAACUUCCCAAAUUUUACAAGGAAAUGGAGAAUAUUACCAAAUUGGAUCUUACAUCUUGUAGCUCUUUGUUAGAAACUCCAAAUUUUGCAAUGAUGCCAAAUUUGAAGAAUUUAAACCUUUCAAUGUGUGAGAAAUUGAAAGAGAUCCACCCAUCGCUUGGAAAUCUUUCAAAACUUGAUACUUUGGUUUUGGAAGGAUGUUGUAACCUUGAGAAACUUCCCAGAUUUUACAAGGAAAUGAAGGACAUUACCCAUUUGGAUCUUACAUCUUGUAGCUCUUUGUUAGAAACUCCAAAUUUCGCAAUGAUGCCAAAUUUGAAGAAUUUAAACAUUUCAAUGUGUGAGAAAUUGAUAGAGAUCCACCCAUCGCUUGGAAAUCUUUCAAAACUUGAUACUUUGGUUUUGGAAGGAUGUUGUAACCUUGAGAAACUUCCCAAAUUUUACAAGGAAAUGGAGAAUAUUACCCAAUUGGAUCUUACAUCGUGUAGCUCUUUGUUAGAAACUCCAAAUUUUGCAAUGAUGCCAAAUUUGAAGAAUUUAAACCUUUCAAUGUGUGAGAAAUUGAAAGAGAUCCACCUAUCGCUUGGAAAUCUUUCAAAACUUGAUACUUUGGUUUUGGAAGGAUGUUGUAACCUUGAGAAACUUCCCAGAUUUUACAAGGAAAUGAAGGACAUUACCCAUUUGGAUCUUACAUCUUGUAGCUCUUUGUUAGAAACUCCAAAUUUUGCAAUGAUGCCAAAUUUGAAGAAUUUAAACAUUUCAAUGUGUGAGAAAUUGAAAGAGAUCCACCCAUCAAUUGACUAUCUUACGAAACUUGAAGACUUUUAUUUCGAUGGAUGUAGUAACCUGAGAAGCUUCCCAUCUUUGGCCAGGUAGGAAAUUAAUGAAGAAUAUUACCCAUUUCGAUCUUACAUCUUGUAGCCCUUUGUUAAAAACUUCAAAUUUUGCUACCCAUCUGUUGAAGAUCUUAAGGAACUUGAUGUCUUGGAUUUGGAUGGAUGUAGUAACCUUGAGAAGCUUCCUAGCUUUGUCCAUGUAUCAUAUCUCUAGAAUGUCAAUUUUCCAAUUGCACAACACUACAAAACAUUUCAGAAAUCAAGGCAAGUACACCAUAUCUAGUGGAGUAAGAUAGAUUAUAUGUAGGGAUUAUAGAUCUUCCCUCAUCUACGCAAUAACUUUGUAAUAUGCGUUAUUUUUUUUUUUUACAUUUAAGAGUUCAUAUCAAUUUCAU